AUGUUGCCUUAUCACGAACAGGGUGAUUAUUCGCUAGCUAAAGUCAAAGAAGUUCCUACCAUCAAAGACAAAACGAAUAGAAACGACGUACUCAAUAUUAGCUUGUUGAACUUCCUUGAAAGUGCAAGGGAGUCCCUCAAGAAGUCAGAAUUGACUCGAGCUGUGGAGGAUGAGGGAGAAGGAAGCAAGCCCAAAGAACCACAGGCAAGGAGGACAUCAAAGAGAAUUGCCGAUAAAGCUCAAGCUAUGGAGCAUCGCCCUAGCUCAUGGAAUAUGAGUCCAACGUUUUCAAGAAGUUUGGGGCUCCUCUUCCAGUUUAUGUUUGCGUAGUCUUCAUCAGUCAGGUCUUCACCGGCUGCCUUUAAAACACGCCGUGUUAAAGAACCCUUGUGAAAGUUUCAAUCCCUGGCUGAGAUCUUCUUCAUCUACGUCAGACUGCUGCUAUCUCUUCGUCUGGAUUGUGCCAUAGGCAAGUGGAUUCAGAACAAGGCCAUUGGUAGAAUCGUCCCUUUGAGUUUGAACCGAGUUAUACCUUUGUCUUGUGCCUGUAGGGGUACCUUGUCUCGAUAGCCAUGAAACAUGCGAUCUCCUUCAAUGUCACAAAGAGAGCCUGUAUCUAGACCUCUUUUGUUCCCUGUACACAUUCAAACACUGCAGCCUUGGGAGGAUUGUCGAGAGGAUGUCAGUUAGAACGUGUUCAGACAGA